CUAAUAAUACAAAAGCAACCAUCAUUCCUAUUAAUGCUAUAAAUACAGCAAUAAAUGGUCAACAACAACCAUUACUUAAAAUUCAACGAUAUGUUUUAACUAAAAAUAAUGCUCAACAACCACGUUUGAUGGUAGCUACAUCAUCAUCAUCAGCAACUAAUACUGCUGCUAUUCAGAAUUCAAAUAAUGUCCAUAUGAUGAAUCGUUCGAUGACGGCUGUACAAAAUUCAAAAUUAUUAAUUACAUCACAACAACAACAACAACAGCAGCAGCAGCAUCUAUCACAGACAACGAAUAUGAUAUUGAAUGAUAUAAGUAAUCAAAAAAAAUUGACCAUUUCACCAAAUGUUAAUGGUACAAUUAAAAUUAAUGUCACUACAUCAUCACAACCAUCACCAUCAUCGACUACUACGACAACGACUGCAUUGUUAACAGGAUACAAUAAACAACAACCAACACAAGUGAUUCAAUUAUCAAAUUCCCAACCUGCUGGUAUACGUAUAGUAAAUCGAAUAAUUCCACAACGACAACCAUCACAACAACAACAACAACAACAAUCUCAUUUAAUACGAUUACCAGGCACACAAAAUGUGAUACGAAUCCAAGUAAAAUCACCACCAAAUACUGCACAGCAACAAAUGAUGAAUCAACGACCGACAUUAAUUCGUCCACAAAUUGUGAUACCAACAACAGCCAUAUCAACAUCAUCAUCAUCAUCAUCAAUGUCGGUUAUGACGAAUGGAAUAAAUAAUAGCAAUCAAAUGAGAACAUCACAGAAUCGAAUCAAUAUACAAUCAUCAAAUAUUAUCCGAUUUCAACAACAAACAAAUGGAUCAACAAAUUUCAUUUCAGAUAUGAAUAGUAAUCCAUCUACACCGAAAACACCAUUAACGCCAUCGAAAUCAUUUUCAUCAUCAUCAUCAUUCGAAAGUAAAGAUGAUGAUCAAUUGGAAAAAGAUAUAAGACUUAGUGAAGAAAUGCGAAGAUUACUUGAAGAUAAUGAAGAAGAAUUAGCUAAUCUGGAAACAUUUGCAGAUUAUAUGCCCACUAAAUUGAAAAUCGGACUUCGACAUCCAGAUCAAGUGGUUGAAACAAGUUCAUUAGCAUCAAUUCCACCACCAGAUGUAUAUUAUCAGCUUAUGAUUCCAGAUGAAGUUAUUGAUGAUGGCCGUUUAUCUGCAUUACAAUUAGAAUCGAUAAUCUAUGCUUCACAACAGCAUGAAAAUUUUCUUCGUGAUGGAUCACGUUCCGGUUUCUUGAUUGGUGAUGGUGCCGGUGUUGGUAAAGGUCGUACAGUAGCCGGUAUAAUAUAUGAAAAUUAUCUACGUGGACGAAAACGUGCCUUAUGGUUUUCGGUAUCGACCGAUCUCAAAUAUGAUGCUGAACGUGAUUUACAUGAUAUUGGCGCUAGCCGUAUCGAAGUUCAUUUGCUCAACAAAUUUAAAUACGGCAUCAAGAUACAUUCACCGGAUAAUGAUAAUGUUAAACGUGGUGUGAUAUUCUCUACUUAUCAUUCAUUAAUUGGUGAAUCAACUAGUAUAAGUGGAAGAUUUUCUACUCGAUUCCAACAGGUGUUACAAUGGUGUGGUGAAGAUUUUGAUGGUGUAAUCAUUUUUGAUGAAUGUCAUAAAGCAAAAAAUCUAUUUCCAAGCGGUACAACCCGUGCGACAAAAACUGGACAAGCUGUAUUGGAUCUACAACGAUGUCUUCCAAAAGCACGUGUUGUAUAUGCCAGUGCAACGGGUGCAACUGAACCAAAAAAUAUGGGCUACAUGACUCGUCUAGGUAUAUGGGGACCUGGUACACCAUUUGAAGAUUUUAAUCAAUUUGUUGCUAUGGUUGAAAAACGAGGUGUUGGUGCAAUGGAAUUGGUGGCCAUUGAUUUGAAAAUGCGUGGCAUGUAUAUGGCCCGGCAAUUAUCAUUUAAAGGUGUUCAAUUUCGUAUUGAACAUGUACCAUUAUCACGUGAAUUCAUUCGUAUAUAUAAUUGUUGUUGUCGAUUAUGGGUGUCGGCAAAAACAAAAUUUGAAAAAGCAUUAGAAUUGAUGGAAGCCGAUCCACAAGUGAGCAAAGCAAUUUGGACACAAUUUUGGGCAUCACAUCAAAGAUUUUUUAAAUAUCUUUGUAUUGCAUCCAAAGUUAAAUUUGCCGUUGCAUUCGUUAAAGAAUCAUUACGUUGUGAUAAAUCUGUUGUUAUUGGCCUGCAAUCCACUGGUGAAGCACGUACAUUAGAACAAUUGGAAGAUAAUGGUGGUGAAUUGAAUGAUUUUGUAUCGACAGCUAAAUCAGUGUUUCAAUCAUUGGUGGAACGACAUUUUCCAGCGCCUAAUCGUAAAAAAUUGGCCAAACUAUUAGGACGUGAUACAAGUUUUUUUGAUGAUUUAGGUAUCAAAUUAAAACGUGAUGCAAAUGAUGAAAUAAUUGCAUCAAUCAGUGAUGAUGAUGAUGAAAUGAUGGGCAAAGUUAAACGGCCAAGUGGCCAUAAAUUUUUUGAUAGUGAUGAUGAUGAAGAUGAUGAUUUUGUUGAAGUUCCAGAUGAUGAAGAUGAUGAUGAUGACGAUGACGAUAAAUCAGAUGAUAGUGAUAUUGAUUUUGAUGAAAUUGAUGAUAUUAUGGAUGAAAAACUUGGCCUAAAACCUGGUGGUAAACCAAGUGCAUCAUUAAAAUUUAUGGAUAUUUUAUUGGGACCAUCAUCAUCAUCAUCUUCUAUGGCAACAACCAAUGGUCGGAAACGAAAACGUAAAGCAUUAUCUAGACAACGACAGAAACGUAUUCGUAUGCAGCAACAAAAUAAACGACGACAACAACAGCAACAAUCAAAAAAAUCAUUGAAGAAAAAAUAUGAAAAAUAUUAUAAUGAUUUCAAUAAUGUUGGUUCCGAUAUUGGUGGUUAUUGUGAAAUGUUGAAAAAUGAGCUGCUUGAACAAUUGGAAUCAUUUGGUGAACGGUUACCACCGAAUACAUUGGAUGAAUUAAUCGAUGAAUUAGGCGGCCCGGAACAGGUAGCCGAAAUGACUGGCCGUAAAGGACGUAUUGUCAGCACCCAAGAUGGACAAGUACAAUAUGAGGCAAGAAGUGAAAAUGAUGUUUCAUUGGAAAUGUUGAAUCUAGUGGAAAAACAAAGAUUUAUGGAUGAUGAAAAACGUGUGGCCAUUAUAUCGGAAGCGGCAAGUUCCGGAAUAUCAUUACAUGCUGAUCGUCGUGCACGUAAUCGUUGUCGUCGUGUUCAUCUAACUGUUGAACUUCCAUGGUCGGCUGAUCGUGCCAUACAACAAUUUGGUCGUACACAUCGAUCGAAUCAGGUUUCAGCACCGGAAUAUGUGUUUCUAAUUUCAAAGCUGGCCGGUGAAAAACGUUUUGCAUCAAUUGUAGCGAAACGUUUGGAAAGUUUAGGCGCACUCACUCAUGGUGAUCGUCGUGCCACAGAAUCAAGAGAUUUAUCACAAUUUAAUAUUGACACAAAAUAUGGCCGUCAAGCAUUAGAAUUUGUAAUGAAAUCCAUACAAGGUAGUAGUGGUAUAAAACCAUUGGUUUCACCACCAGAAAAUUAUUCAAGUGAUGAUUUUUUCGAAGAUUGUCGCGUCGGUUUGGCCGGUGUUGGCCUGUUGACUAUUGAUCGUAAAACUGGUGCCAUUACAUUGGACAAAGAUUAUGCCAAUAUAAAUAAAUUUCUAAAUCGAAUACUUGGUCUUGAAGUUGAAUUACAAAAUUCACUUUUCCGUUAUUUCAAUGAUACAAUGGAUGCCGUGAUCAAAGGAGCAAAACGUAGUGGCCGUUAUGAUUCCGGUAUCAUUGAUCUAAGCAAUGAAGUGGGAAAUGUACGAAAAUUAGAUUUGGAAAAUUUCAUUCUAAAAUCAUCAUCAAGAGCGGUCAAGAUUCAAUUGCAUACCGUUUCAGUGGAUCGUGGUAUAUCAUUUGAACGUGCCGAUAAUUUACGUAAACAGGCAUUUGAUGAAGAAACUUAUUUUAAAGAUGAAAUUGGAUAUUAUGUUUCAAAUUCGACAUAUCAGAUUCGUAAGACAAUAUUUUUGGCCAUACCCGAAGAGAAUCCGCAGAAAAAUAAAGACAUGAAACAGAUUUUUCGUAUUUAUAAACCAUCGCUUGGUCUACAGGCUAAAUAUGAAACAAAAAAUACAUUAAAAGAACGUGGACAAAAAUUAAACGAUAUGGAACAGGUGGCCAAAUUGUGGAAUGAACAUUAUGAAAAAUCUGUUGAUGAAUGUACACAUUUAUUAUUGUUUGGCCGUUGUCGUGCAUCGAUGAUGGUAACAAAAUCAUCAUCAUCAACAGUAAAAACAACAAGUGGUUGUGAUGUUGGUAUUCGUAAACGUAAUUAUUGUGUAUUAUCCGGUGCUGUUAUGACCGUUUGGCCUGAAAUUGAAAAAGCUAUACCACAAAUUCUUAAUCAUAAGCUACAGGUUGUUCGAUUAAAAACUGAAGACAAUCUUAAAUAUAUUGGUCCAUUGAUACCACCAAUGUAUGUGGAUGAAGUACGAAAAUGUUUAAAUCGUUUAGCAAAUGGUGAACAAACACAAUCAUCAUCAUCAUCGUUAUAAUUUUUCAAAUUUUGAUCAUUUAUAAGCCCAUUUUCAAACAUUACCUU